AUGAGCGCACCAUGGGAUUACAUCGCUAAAGUUAUCUGUCUUGGGGAUUCCGGGACCGGGAAGAGCUCGCUAACAGUGCGACUCUGCGAAGGUCGCUUUAAUAAAACCGAUGUCACGAUUGGAGUCGAGCUCGAUUCUAGAGUUGUGGAUGUCGAUGAUGGGAAAAAGAUAAAGCUUCAGAUCUGGGAUACCGCUGGGCAAGAGCAAUACCGAUCAGUAACAAACUCGUAUAUUCGAAAUGCUACAGGGGCACUUCUGGUCUACGACAUCACUCGCAAGGACACACUCUCCCACGUUCAACGCUGGCUUUCCGACUUACGAAACCUCGGAGAACCCCACAUCUCCAUCGUCCUAGUUGGGAACAAGUGCGAUCUGGCAGAUAGACGACAGGUCUCCACCGAAGAAGCGGCAGCAUGGGCUAAAGAAAACGGAAUUAACUUCCAUGUAGAGACAAGUGCGAAGACCGGGGAGUCAGUGGAACGGGCCUUUGUGGAGGUAGCACAGGAGAUAUAUCGGAAUAUCAGAGACGGUGUCUAUGAUCCCAGAGGGAAGAAUACGGGGCUAAAAGUGAAGCUGGGAACUGAUAGCCGCAGGACGGUGCAUAGGCAGGCAGACUCGCAGUGCUGUUCUUAG